GCUGCGGAUGGAUACUGUCGGCCGUUCGAUAAAAAUGCGUCCGGCUAUUCGCGCUCCGAAGCCAAUGCGGUUAUUCUGCUGCAGAAGGCAAAGGAUGCCAAACGGAUUUACGCGCACGUUGUCAACACCAAAACCAACUGCGACGGCUACAAGCUCGAGGGAAUCACCUUCCCGUCGAACAAAAUCCAAAAGCAGCUGCUGGACGAGCUGUACUCCGAGGUGCCUUACGAUCCGAAGGACAUCUGCUAUGUCGAGGCUCACAGCACCGGGACGAUCGUCGGCGAUCCGGAAGAGUGCGACGCCAUUGAGAAGGAGUUUUGUCCGGGCCGCACGGAACCACUGCUGGUGGGUUCGGUCAAAUCGAACAUCGGACACUCGGAAGCCGCUGCAGGCAUCUGUUCCAUCACCAAGUGCAUCAUCGCAAUGCAGAACAAGCUCAUUCCGCCGAACAUUAACUACACCGAGCCUCGGACGGAUGUCCCGGCGCUGCUCAACGGAAAGCUCAAAGUGGUUGACCAACCGACGCCUCUCGAGGGCCCGCUGGUGGCAGUGAAUUCGUUCGGCUUCGGUGGUGCCAACGCACACGCGCUGUUGCACAAUUAUCCAAAGGAGAAGAUUGAUGGAGGAUGCCCUUCGGAUGGGUUGCCCCGGCUAGUGCUUUGGACCGGGCGAACAGAGGCGGCGGUAGAUCUGUUUCUGGAAGGGCUUGUUGGGCAACGCUUCGAUGCUGAGUUCUUCGCCUUGACCCACAACAUUCAACGAAAGCAGAUUCCCAACAUGAACUCAAGGGGUUACGCUAUGUUGAAUGGUUGUCCCGAUGGCACGGCAAGGCUACUUCACAAAGGCACCACGGUCACCAUUUCGAAGAAGCACGUACAAGUUCCGCUAAUGCUGGUGUUUGGUGAUAUCACUGCCAGCUGGCAAACGUACGGUGAAUCGUUCGACAAAAUUCCGCAGUACGCGAUCUGUGUCGCGGAGUGUUUGCAGGCCAUCAGAGAGUGUGGUUUUGAUGCGUUCGAUGAAACGAAGCAGCAAAACGACCCCGUGCAGCAAAUCCUGUGGACGUUCAUCGUCCAAGUGGCAGUGUACCGGAUGCUGCACAGCAUGGACUUGAUCGUGGACCAAUAUGCUGGCUACUCGGUGGGACAGAUCACGUGUGCGUAUCUGAGCGGAGCUCUCUCACUUCACGAUGCUCUGCGCGUAGCCUAUGCACAAGGAUAUCUGAUCAAAGCCCAUCGGAGUGACGAAACCCUAAGCCUUGAGAAUGUUUCCGCAAACAGAUUGUUGAGUGCUAAGCUAGCGAAAGUGCUGAAACCGCUUCGUCUCCAGAACGCUUCGACCAAAUGGUUCAAUCCUUGUCAACUGCAGUCCUUCGAAAUGUACAACCCCAACUUGAAAGCAGCUUUAUAUGAAUCUCUUGGUGCCGAUGUUGACAUUUUGGAACCGCUUAAAGGCCCAACCUCAAGCUUACAAGACAGUUUCGGCCGCUUCCUGUUCGCCCUUGGCGAAGUGUUUCUAAAAGGAUAUCAGAUAAAUCUACUCAACCUCUACCCAUCGGUGCAGUUCCCGGUUUCGCAGGGUACAUCAAUGAUCUCUUCACGCCUUCGGUGGGAUCACAGCGAUGACUGGCAUGUUCCCAACUUCCGAAUGACGCGAAUGGUUGAUCAGGCAACUUCCGAAUAUACCGUUUCACUGGCUGAACAAGACUACAUCGCGGGUCACUGUAUCGAUGGACGAAUUCUCAUACCAGCUACCGGAUACCUGUUUUAUGUAUGGGACUCAUUUUCAGCCAAUAUGGGAAUCAUCCCGGAAGAGAUGCCUGUUGAAUUCAGCGACGUCGAGUUUCUACGUGCAACUACUCUUACUGGAGAUCAGCAAGUAUUGUUGACGGUAGAUUUGAACGACGUUACGGGAAACUUUGAAGUGCGCGAAGGUUCCGCCCUGGUGGUAACAGGACGCAUUCAGCCUCUUAAGAACUACACACCAGCAAAGGUGCAAAAGACCAAUACCAACGCAAUUGUUUUGCCAACAAAAGAUUUCUACAAGGAGCUUCGCCUUCGAGGAUAUCACUAUGGAGGCUUAUUCAAGUCCGUCGUCGAAGCCGCCCAAGAUGGUUCUCGGGCAAGGAUCGAAUGGAAACAGAACUGGACGGCGCUGCUGGAUUGUAUACUACAAGUGGCCAUCAUUGCCGUCGACUCUCGAUCGUUGGUAAUUCCCACCCGUAUCGAUUCUAUCAAAAUCGACCCUAUACAACAAAAGGCUGCCGAUCAAACUAGUGACAAUGCAGUGCCCACGUAUAACGUAACAUUCGACCCAGAUCUGAAUCUGUUGCAAUGUGGUGCAAUCGAGAUACGGGGACUCAAUGCAAGCACCAUCGCUCGUCGCCUUCCGCCCGGUGUACCAGUUCUUGAGAGCUACAAGUUUGUUCCAUUUUAUCCUCAACAUACUCUUCAACCAACCGAUGCAGCAUCUGUAAUCAUCCAAACUAUUCUCGAAAAUCAGCCUACACUGCUUUUUACGGUCACGGAGGUCCACUCACCAUCACGACCUCCGAUACUUUCACUUUUCGGAGAUGCCAUAGGAGACCUCCCGUUGAUCAAAGCUCAACUCACUCUACUAUCCAACAAAAAACCUGAGCCGAUACCGAACGUUACCAUCUCGGAGGACAAGCUCAUGAAGCAACGAAACGUGCUACUACUGAUUUGCGAAAAUCUGUUUGCAGAUGACGAAUUCAUAUCGGAUGCCAUCAACUGUCUUUCGGAUCAGGGUUUCAUUCUUCUGCGUGAAACUCCAAAGUACGAAAUCAAAAAUUGCCAUCGCCGCUUGCAGCUAGUGAGCACGCUAACGGUGGCAGGUGAAAUAUUCCUGCUACUGAAGCAGAAGCGAUCAGCCCUGAACACUUCAGUCGACGCACACGUUAUCAAAGUCUCCACAAAUGACCCGAACCACCGUUGGUUGGUGGAACUCAAGCAACACAUCAAAACUAAUCCAAUAAUUCUCUACACUCAGGACGAUAAUUUGUCUGGAAUUAUAGGUCUUGUUAACUGCAUCCGCAAGGAACCCAAUGGGCAAAACGUCUCCUGCUUUUUCAUCGAUGAUCCUACGGUGCCUUCCUUCGAUCCUACUGUUGAGUUCUACAAAGAGCAAAUUGACCUCGGCCUCGCCAUCAACGUAUAUCGCAAUGGACAAUGGGGUUCUUAUCGCCAUUUCAAACUGUCUGAGGACAUACAACCUCAACCAACGGCUAAACACUGUUUUGCUAACUGCGUGAAGCCUGGAGAUCUCUCGUCCUUCGCAUGGAUGAUCGGUCCGCUUAGCGAACGUCCAGCUUCGAGCCCAUUAGUGAAGGUGGUAUACAGUUCUAUUAACUUCAAGGAUGUUAUGCUUGCAACGGGACGCCUCUCGAUUGAAACAUUUAGCACCAACCGGUUAGAUCAAGAAUGCGUUUUGGGUUUCGAGUACUCUGGAGUCACCACGACAGGAAAGCGAGUCAUGGGAAUCAUACCAGCAGGCUCAAUGGCAACAUUAAUUGAAGCUGACCCUCUGUUCACCCUGGAAGUACCCGAAGAAAUUACCUUAGAACAGGCUGCCACCAUUCCAACAGUUUACGCUACGGUAUACACUGCUUUCUUUAUCUGCUCGCAAAUCCGGAAAGGAAACUCCAUUCUCAUCCACGCUGGAACCGGAGGCAUUGGAAUAGCUGCCAUUCGUGUGUGCUUAGCAUACGGUCUGGAGGUGUUCACCACUGUGAGCACAAAAGAGAAACGGGAGUUUCUGUUGGGUUACUUCCCAGCCUUAAAUCCAGACAACAUCGGAAACUCCCGGGACAUUACCUUCGAAAAUCUCAUCAAAUUACGCACCAACGGUCGUGGCGUCGACUUCGUGCUAAACUCUCUCUCCGAGGAAAAGCUUCAGGCAUCGAUACGCUGUCUGGCCAAAGGUGGACACUUUCUGGAAAUUGGAAAGUACGACAUGAUGAAGGACUCCAAGCUGGCGAUGUCGCUCUUCCAGAAAGGACUCUCUUUCUCGGCGGUGUUGGUUGAUCUGAUGUUUAGAGAAAAGCGAGAGCUGAUGAAGCACUUACAGAAGCUUAUUAUGAAUGACAUGAAACGGGGAAUCAUUCAGCCUCUUCCCACGACGAUCUUCCAAGCACAUGAGAUCGAACAAGCGUUCCGUUUCUUGGCUACCGCCAAGCACAUAGGGAAAGUGGUGCUCAAGAUUCGUGACAACGAGAACGAUCUCACUUCCGUUCCGAUUUCGUACCUUCCUCGGAUCUACUGUCACCCGGAACAAAGCAUCGUUAUUGCUGGAGGCCUUGGCGGGUUUGGCCUGGAGUUGGCUGAUUGGUUAAUCAUUCGAGGAUGCCGGAAACUGUUGCUCAGUUCAAGCAGAGGAGUGACGAAACCUUAUCAGCAAUAUCGCAUAAACACCUGGAAGACUUACGGUGUGAAAGUGCACAUUUCGACCGAAGACAUUGCUACCGAACAAGGAUGUCGUCGGUUGCUGCACCAAGCAAUCGACUUGGGACCUAUCGCGGGAAUCUUCAACCUGGCCGUUCAACUCAGAGACGCCAUCAUCGAGAACCAAUCGGUGGACAAAUUUGCAGAGUGUCUGGCUCCCAAGGCGAAUGCUACGCAGCAUCUUGACGUCGUCAGUCGAGAGCUGUGCCCAAUGCUCAAGCAUUUUGUCGUUUUCUCUAGCGUUUCGUGUGGCCGGGGCAACGCUGGCCAAUCCAACUACGGUAUGGCUAACUCCAUCAUGGAACGCAUCAUCGAACGUCGGGUCGCUGAUGGCCUACCUGGAAAAGCCAUCCAAUGGGGCGCAAUCGGUGAAGUCGGCAUUGUGGCCGACAUGCAGGAGGACAAAAUCGACAUGGAGAUCGGCGGAACCCUUCAGCAAAGACUCUCUUCCUGCAUACAGGUGCUCGAUCAACUUCUCUCGUCGAAGGAACCCAUCGUGGCCAGCAUGGUGGUAGCCGAAAAGCGCAGCUCCAGUGGUGGGGCGAAGAACAUUAUUGAAGCGGUCAUGAAUAUUAUGAAUAUUCGCGACAUGAAGUCCGUUUCCGUUGAAAGCACCCUGGCCGACAUCGGCAUGGACUCGCUGAUGGCUGUCGAGAUUCGGCAGGUCUUGGAACGCGACUUUGACAUCAUUUUGACUCCCCAGGAUUUACGAACGCUGACAUUCUCCAAGUUGCAGAAACUAGCCGACGCCAAGGCAGAGAACGAAGCUCAAGAGUCCGUUGCCAAACAGUUGCAGCUCGAGGAUUUGCUGGCUAGUUUCGGUGACGAAGCAGCUAGUCAUCACACGGUUCUCCGUUUACCGUCUCGCUCGAACGAUCUUGAGUAUGAACUGGCCGUUCUAAUCAUUCCAGGCAUCGAAUCCGUUUGCAGCCCAGCUUGGACGAAAAUUGCUUCCGAGAUCAAUGCUCCUACCUUCAUAUUGCAAUCCUUCGCCAAGGCUACCGAUGAACAAACCAUUCCCGGCAUCGUCGACUCCGUGUUUGAAGAAAUGUUUGAAGCGGUCUUCGCGAAAUGCAAACAAUUUCUGGUCAUUGGAUACUCUUUUGGUUCUCUGUUGGCCCUCGAAAUCGUAAAACGCCUGGAGGCGCAUUCACUGCAAGGCAAGCUAAUGAUGGUGGAUGGCUCUCCGCUGUAUCUUCAAC